CCGCCGAGUCGCAUAGUCUAAUAACCGCUGCGGUCAAGCGCGCUUACCGCGGAGGUGUGGGAAAAAGUUUUGCGUUACCCGCCAGUCGCCGCGGCCGAAAGCGCAGCGCAAACAAAUGGCAGCGCUCGGAGUUUCAGGGUUCGCCCCCGCGGCCUCCCUGCCGCUGCGCGGCGCCGACGAGGCGCCGGCCUGCGGACGGGCCCAGGCGCCGGACGCCCAGAAAUUGAGACAAGCUCAAGCCCCGCCCGGCCCGACGACGGCGGGCCCGUUGGAACACCGCUUCGAGCCCUACGAUUUCAACGGUGGUACUACAUUAGCCAUCUCCGGCAAGGACUUUGCGGUGGUGGCCGCGGACACUAGAAUGAGCACCGGCUACAAUAUUAUGACGAGAAAGUGUUCCAAGCUCAACGCACUAGGACCGAACACGGUGCUGGCGUCCGCCGGGUGCCAGACGGACGUGGUCUGCCUAGUGGACGUCUUACGUACCAAACAAAAAAUGUACUUCCACCAGACGGGAAGCCACAUGUCCACGCCCGCCGUCGCGCAGAUGCUAGGAAAUACUUUAUACUACAAGCGCUUCUUUCCCUACUACGCGUUCAACGUGCUGGCCGGCGUCGACAAGGAGGGCCGCGGGGCCGUGUAUUCGUACGACGCCAUUGGUAGCUUCGAGCGCGUCCCCUUUUCAGCGAGUGGGAGCGGCCAGUCCUACGUGAUACCUCUACUGGACAACAUCGUGACCUUCAAGAACCGGCUGGACGAGAAGCCCGAGCUCACGGCGGACUACGCCGUGUCGAUCGCGAAGGAGGCCUUCGUGAGCGCGGGCGAGCGCGACAUCUACACGGGCGACGCGGUCGAGAUCGUCGUCAUCACGAAGGAGGGGAUGACGUCCGAGACCUUCCCGCUGAAGAAGGAUUAGUCGAAGUAACGUAUCUUAUCAAUAA